AUGGAGACAGAGACCUACUCCAUCAAGGCAGAGGUCAUUCUCCCCAUGGUCCAGAAAUACUUUGAGCGGAUACUGCCGGCGCAGUGGAGCAUGCUGGCCGCGGGGACCAUCGACUCAGCCACGCAGGUCACCUUGGCCGACAUGUGCACCGACAUUACGCAGAAACUCUGCGCCGACACCAUCAGAGUUAUUGUCCCGGAGUUUAAGAAGCGCGCCGACAGGAAAAGAAUGAAGCUCAAAGUGGAAGGUGGACUGAGUGGAGCCUUGGCAUCGGCGCUGGGCUUCCAGGAGCAACAGAGCAAGAGCUCCCAAAAGCUGGACGCCCUCUUCAAGAGAGAGCUCUCUCAGAGGGCCAAUCACGCUCUGUCCAUGGCCGCUGGCGUCGAUGGUCAACCGGUACCGCUUGUUUACAUCCUGGGAACCUUCACCAAGGUGGACGUUCUGGCCAAGAUGGUGCUGCUGGCAUGCAGCACUCUGAAGGUUUACCUGAGUAAGAUGGCUAUUUACACCAAGUGCUUCCGACCGUGCUGGCGCCAAAAGAGCAGACAAGAACCCUCUCGUGACUCAAAGUGUGGCAACGCCUGCGUAGGUAACAGGGAAGAAACCACAGAGGCAGUAAUGAACAUCCUCCGCAAAUGGACAGACAGCCAAGACGAAUCCCUCUCACUCAGGACUAGUCGGGAACUCAAGAAAACAGCAGCAGAGAUUUUGGAGGCUGUCAUCAAUGACCUGCAUUACCCUGACCCUUUGGAGGAGGGACGUGGUCGCUCCUCUACGCCUCAUUUCAAUCUGGGACUGAUCAAGGAUCAACUUAGCAACUUCUUUGAAUCUUGCGCAUUGUACACCAGUGCCGAUGAAGCUUCUCGCAAACACAACUUUUUAAACUUUGGCAACAAGACUUUCAAGGCGCUGUCCUUUGAGCUACAGAAGGUUCGGUGCCGUUGCAUGCGUAUGAGUUGGGAAGAAGAGAUCUGCCUACCCGGCAGUGUCCCGCCAAUCCCUCUGCCCGAAAGCGAGCUUGGCUUCCAAGGAGUUCGAGCGGGUCUCGAAGCGCUGUUCCGUAAAGUGGUAUUCCCGGCCGCCGAUACCACCGUAGAUGUGGACACGUUGCGACCAGAAGCCGAUGAGUUCUUGCAAGACCUGGUGGAUAAAAUCUACCGUUACAUGACCACGAACAGGAUUACGGUCCGGUCAGCCACGGUGUGGAGGGGCUUCUCAGAGUCACUCGUCUUGGAGGUGGAUGAGGAAAACAUGGAGGAUAUCAAAGUUCUCCAUAAAAUGGUGGAAGAUACUGCAACCAAGUUUGUACAGCAACAGCUACUCUGGCUCAAGAUGGAACCACUGACCAGGGGGACCCACGCCGAUCAAGUCUAUGGUUGCUUGAACGACAUUGACGCGCUCAUCACCGGCACCUUGAUACCACAAAACGAUCCGGUAGUAUGUCUGCAGGACAGGGUCGGACCUUGGCCAAAGACCACACUAGCAAACGAGGUCUCUGUCAACCAGCUGACUUAUUCCCAGCGUUACGCUUGGGCAUCGUCGCAGCAGCCACCAAACAUGGAGGAGGACACAAUUGACACUCCCACCCCGAUACCACUCCACAGGCAGGAGUUUGUUGUGUUGGAUGACAUAUGGAACUAGAAGCCUUUGGUGUGGGAAGAACAAUAUCAAAGGAUCACUACAGCUCCUCCAGCGACGUGAAAGGAAACAACACUUAGGCCAACGGUGUCCAAACUUCUUUCUUUGAGGGCCACUUUCAGAAAAAUCGAAGGAUGCAAGGGCCAACUUCCACUUUCAUUUGUUAAACAUGAUAUACAGUAUAUUGUCAUAUUGUAGAGCACUAAUAUGCAUGUUAGGGAUGUUGUUCAAUCUCUGCCAGCCCCCCAGUCAAAUUGGAUUGGACAUCUAUCACCAUAAAUGGCAGUGAAAUCAAUCAAUGGCACCCUUCCUAGUUGAAAUGGGAAGGCUGCUAUUGACACUCAUUUACCAGCAGUGAAUGAGUUUCAGUGUUAUUCAGGAAAUGCUACAUUCAUUUACACCUAGCAUCUAGCAGGAAAAUACACGCAGGAGAUAAAUGAAGUUCUCUUCGGUUGAGAGUCCCAAAACAACUCUAGGCCAGCUACAGGCUUUGACCUCAAGUUGCUUUGUAAUUAACCCUUUUAUUAUAGGGACAGGGGAGGGCAAAGGUGUUGGCAGGCAAGCAAAUUAACAAAGAAUACAGAAAGGCUUCAAAGCCCAUGAAAGGAAGACUGGAGACUGAAGUUAUCCAAGAUGAUGACUAACUAUGUGUAGAAUAAGAUAGCAUAAAUGUUAAAUAUGUGCAUAAUUAUUCCAACAAUGAUAGAGUGAUCACUUUGAUAAGGUCAAAACGGAGAACAUAUUUUAAAAAUAAUAAUACAUCAGACUUGUGACGUAUUUUCAUCAACAAUAAAGUUUUGCACGGUUUAUAGAUCAUAUUUGUGGAACUAAAUAGUAAAAAAUAUCUAUUCAAGGUCAAACUUUUUAUGACAAUUUAUUUAGUUUGCAGUCUUAUUUUGAAACUAUUCUGCCAAAAUAUGCUCCACGGCAAAACAUUCUACCAAUGCCCAUUGCGCUUGCGCACGCAUGCGCACAUCAGUUCAAAAUAAGGGAUAUCAAGGGGACGCCGGCGUGGAGUGUCGAGCGUUAUGGGUUUUGCUUCCCUUGGAAUGUGUCUGGGACUUAUCACCCAGUGUCCAGGUACAAUAAAUCGUUAAGCUCUGCAAACUAACAGGUCAACAGGUCACGACGCUUUCCAUUGGGACCAGGGAAAAUGGGAACUGGGAUGACGCCGACGUCUCCACGAGACCAGCAGAAGACAUCACCUCAUCUGUGACUCGAAAUAGAAUGCUAAUGUUUCCAUGCCUUUGUAGUACAGUAUAUUACAAUGUGCACUGGCUAAGGGACUUUACUGAUACUUCCGCUAUCAUGGGCACUCUCCGGGUACGGGAAUUAUCAGCCAGAAUUCUGUACUUGACAUUUGCAAUA